AUGAGUGAACCAACUCAACGACAUUAUAAACUUAAUAGCCUCGUUAAAAUUGAUCAUUUAAAUUUACAAGGUUAUUUGAAAUUCCAAGGAGAGACUCACUUCAAGCAAGGUCAUUGGCUUGGUUUGGAAUUGCUACCUGUGCAUCACGGCAAGGGGAAGAAUGACGGCAGCAUUGAAGGUACACGUUACUUCAAUUGCAAGCAAGGCAAUGGAAUAUUUAUACAGCUUAAUAAAGUUACUCAAGUUGUUCAGCCUUCUUUGAGAACUCCUACGAAACCGCGUACUUCAUUAUCCACACCUAAACCAAGGCAAUCUAUAAACAGGUUAAAGAGCGUUGAUAAUAUGCCUCCUCCUUCUUCCCCGCCUACUCUCACUCGUACACGUCUAAAUUCCAUGUCGAACACCUCCACUCCUCAUAGACGCUCGUCUUCUGUUACCAGUAUGAGAACUCCUUCACAGCAAUCCAUUGAUCGCCCUUCUAGUCGUAUUAGUCAGCGCACUCCUUCCAGGCAAUCCAUUUCUCACCGCCCUUCUUUUUCACGCGGUCUGAACCCAGAUGAUCUAAUUAGUGAUGAGUUAUCUUCACUUAAAGAGAAGCACGCGGCGCAAUUAUCUCAAUUGAGUGAUCUUCAGUCUUCACACUCUAAUACCUCCACUCAACUUGAAAAUACAUACUCGCAACUCCAAGACACUUCUACGCAGCUACACAACGCUUCCACCCAACUCAAUGACACUUCUUCUCAUCUUCAAGAUGCUUUGGCUGCAAUCAAAUUUAAAGAGUCUCAGAUUAAAUUGAGUGAAUCGGAACAUGCAAAAUUGUUAAGCGAUCUGAAAUACACACAUACCCAAGAUAUCCACACACACCAGUCCAGGAUUGCACAACUGGAAAGCGAGAUUGCACAACUAAAUGCCACACUCGCCCGAACUCAGGCAGAGUUCCAGGCUGAAAUUCGCUCCAAAAUUGCUGAAAUUCAUUCAUUAGAAACCUCACUCGCUUCUCUCGACGCGCGAUGUGUACAGCUUACUACUGAAAAAGAAGAUUUAGAGUCACUCGCCGAAGAUCUCCGCCACGCUGGCCAGGAGACUAUAGCUCUCUACGAGGAGCGCCUUAAUGGGACUGAAGCACGCAAAUUCGAAUCUGAUGAGCGUAUCAGAGUUUUGGAGUCACACUGUGCAUCUCUUACCGCUCAAUCUCAUCCUGCCUCCCCAGGAACCACUGCACGACGUCAGAUUACGGCCGCGGAGAUUGAUAAUGAAUCUCUUAAGGAACAACUUGCCCACUUAAACACCAAAUUAAGUAGCAGCGAGGAGGCUUUUAAUGAACUCGACCGAGAACGAGAGAAUAUGUUGUUAGAUACGCAAAAACAGAUAGACAAGUUACAUCAAGAUAUAAGGCAUCUCCAUGCACAGUUGACAGAAGGUAGUAGAGAGUUAGAAGCUAGUCAGGCGGAUUGUACUUCUGGAACUAUUAGGAUACAAGAGUUGGAGGAUGCUCUGACGUCGACUAAAGAACUGCUUGAGGCCGCUCGCGCACAUGCUGAAUCACUCCAAUCGGAUAUUGACAACUUUGAAAACCUCAAAGUGGAUGAAGAUGGUAACGAGCGGGUUAAUGAGCUUUACAGACGCCUUGAAACGGAGCAAUCCCAGCAUGCCGAGCAGAUUGACGAGAUAGAGAGUGAAUUAAAUGCAUUGAAUGAGCGACUCAAGGACUCAGAAAAUGUCAUUAACGUAUCUAAACGUGAAUGUGACUUUUUGCGUCAGGAGAAUAGUCGGAGGGGUGGGAUUGACAGGGAGAAGGUUAAGGAGGAAGCGUCAUUGAACGAAAUAUCUAUUCUUAAAAACAAAGUGAGACAGUUGGAAGAUCAACUAGAAAUUGAACAGGAGCGCACACGUACACACAGUCACUUGACUGGUGAUGCUGGUAUUGUUUCUCCCAAGGAAGACAUGUCAAGUCUGCAAGAGCAACUUAAGCAAAGUGAACGCCGGCGAAAAGAGGUAGAAAGCAAGUCUCAUCACGACAUCAAUGAACUCGAAUCACUCCUGGAAGCAAAGAUAUUCAAGGAGGAUGACAUGGAGCGUGAACUAGUCAAAUUAAGGGCACAGCUAAAUAUACCUGAACGCGGCACUGAAGCCAAUGACAAGGAGCAAUGGAAUGGCACUAACACCUCAAAACCAUCUGACAAUUCAAAUAAAGAGAACAACUCAAAAAAUGAAGAUUAUGAAGAUCCAUUGAUAGCAGAGUUUAUGAGGGAUGCUAGACGACCAAGCAGUAACACAUCUAAGGUACCAAGUACACCGCAUAGAGCAGAAUCAGCGCUAGCUGCUGCAUCAGGCCUAUCAGAUACAUCAAUGAAAGGGAAUAGAGGGGAGUACUGCGAUGAUUGCGACUCUGAGAAGGGCGUAGACGUCUGCCUCCAUUGCUUCAACGGUGCCUGUGAAUCAAUUCACCAGCACGCUUACGCUCACGCUCGCAGUCGUCACCAUCCACUAGCACUCAACAUCAAAAGAAGCCCCAAGGAUUCCGACAAGGCAGAGCCACCACUCAAGAAACUAGCCAUAGAAGAGCAGCGUGAGGAGGAGCAAUUCAGCUAUGCUUACAACCUACGCUGUCUUCUCUGCGACGUCACAUACCCAACCACAUCCUCAUCCACCAUCGAAUCUCAAAUAUUAGCCGUUUUAGCCUCAGAUUCUCAAGCACACCGUUCUGAAGUUAAAGCAUGGGAAGAGGAGCUGAGUGAAUGCUCCCACAGCCGCAGCGUUCGCUCCACUCAACCCGAUAAGAAAUUGGUCAAAAUGACUGAUGCGCAUUGCCAUGCAUGUUCUCUGAAUGAUAAUUUAUGGCUUUGCUUGACUUGCGGUGAAUUGGGUUGUGGUCGCGCUCAAUUCGGCGGUCUACAAGGCAACUCACAUGCGUUGUCACAUUACGAGAAUUCUGGUCACGCUGUCGCUGUAAAACUUGGCACUAUCACUGCUGAAGGUACUGCAGAUAUCUAUUGUUAUGCUUGCAAUGAAGAAAGAUUAAACCCUAAUCUCGCCGAUGACCUUAGCACUUUCGGUAUCGAAAUCACAUCUCAAGUUAAAACAACUAAGUCUCUCACUGAGCUCCAGCUUGAACAAAAUUCAAAGUUUGAUUUUAGUAUGACAGGUGACGAUGGCGCAGAGCUCCAGCCCGUCUUCGGGAAAUGGUUAACUGGUUUUAAGAAUCUUGGUAAUAGCUGCUACAUGAACAGUACCUUACAGAGCUUUUUCAGCUACCCUGCUAUCAGAAACCACUACCUUGAUCGUUUCAAUGAGCUCAAUGGCGGUGAUGUCGAAAACGCUGCCCAAAAUCUCCUCGUACAAUUAGCUAAGAUUGCAGACGGUCUUGGUUCAGGUCGCUACUCCACCAAAUCUCUCAAGGGUCAGUUCCAAGACGGCGUUAAACCCGCCAUGUUCAAAGAUCUUAUCGGCAAGGGUCACCCUGAAUUUUCUACUAUGAGACAACAGGAUAGUGAGGAAUUUUUAUGUCAUUUUCUCGACGUGCUUAAGAAAAGCGACACACCAUCUUCAAUAAAGCGUCUUUUCUCAUUCGUCGCUGAGCAAAAGCUUACUUGCACCGCAUGUCAUAAAGUUCGCUACAGGUACGAUAAUCACGACAGCAUAAGUGUAGACAUACCAGUGCGCGAGCAUGCACAGUCAGAUAACGGCAAAGUUACGUAUGAGGAUGUGAGCGCUGAAGAGUGCUUAGACACGCUCAAGCGCCCAGAUGAACUUGAUUACAACUGUCCAUCCUGUAAAACCCAAGUGAAAGCGACUAAGACAUGGAAUUUAGAAACUUUCCCUGAUGCCCUAAUUCUCCACACACGCAAAUUCCACCUCGUCAAUUGGGUCCCAACGAAGCUUGAUAUUGCAGUGCAGGGUGUCGAUAAAGUGGAUCUGACGCAGCUGCAGACUGAAGGUCGCCAAGAAGGCGAAGUCGAUCUCCCCGAAGAUGAAGAUGGAGAUGAGAUUCAAUUCGAUGACGAAGCGCUGUCUAACUUGAAAGGUAUGGGAUUUAGCGAGAACAGAGCUAAGCGGUCCCUUAUUAAUACUGACCACACUGGCGUGGAAGCUGCGACUGCAUGGUUAUUUGCACAUAUGGAGGAUGAAGGUUUAGAUGAUCCAGUCGAGACGAAAAAGCCAAAAAAGACUACAGAAGACGUUCCUGCCGAGCUGCUCAAUAUGGUUACAGAUAUGGGUUUCACACAGAACCAGGCCAGGAAGGCACUCAAGAAUAGUCAAAACAGCGUCGAGAUGGCAGUCGGUUGGUUAUUCGAGAAUCCAAAUGACGAGGGUGAAGAGGCGCCAACUGCCGAUACCAACGGUGGUGAUGAUCUUAAUGGUGUCGUUACUGGGAUGGGCUUCACUCCAAAUCAGGCAAGAAAGGCUUUGCGAGUAUCAUCUAAUAACGUCGAAGUUGCUGUCGGUUGGUUAUUCGACAAUCCUUCGGACCCAGGCGAAGAGGAGGUGCUAAAUACGCCGAUGGAAGAAGACGAUGUUAAGCCUGGCUCGAAAGCUACUCCUGCACAGUACGCACUCAAGGCAUUUAUCUCUCACAAAGGUCCGUCUGUUCAUUCAGGACACUAUGUCGCACACGUCAAACAUGACGAUGAGUGGAUCCUCUUCAAUGACGAGAAGGUAGUCAAGGAGUCUGAUACUAACCUCAACUCGCUUAUUGGUAAAGGCUAUGUGUACUUUUAUGAAAAGAUUUAA